AUGGCGCCGGAGCUUAACAACGGUGGCAAGCGCGACGACGGCAACAUCAGAAACCCAACCAUUAGCCCUGUGGCUCCGGGCGAAGCCGUCAGUGAUGUGAAAACCCAAACGAUGAAAGUAAAACCAAGCAGGCUGCACGAAGAGAUCGUCGCUUUUGCAGCACAGCUCACACCGACCGCUGAGGAACAUGGACGAUGUGAUGCAAUAAUUGAACUGGUCAGGAAAACAUGCUACGAGACAUUUGGGACGCAGGCUCAGGUGGAGCCAUUUGGGAGCUUCGUGAAUGGCCUGGCGACAUCUUCCUCUGACGUUGACUUGGUCAUCUGUGGACUCCUGAACCCGGACUCGCCUGGGGGAUUUUUUGGACACAAACAAGUGCUUGCCGGCCAGCACCUGCGGAAACUGAAGGAAAAAUUGCUGGAGUGCCCCAAGAUGCACAUAGCCCAUGCUCAGCUCAUUCAGCAUGCCAAGAUUCCGUUGUUGAAGUUCACAACCGAAGAUGGGGUCAUGGUGGACCUCUCCAUCAACGAUGACAUGGGCCCAAAGGCUGCGAGGUUCAUGAUUGAGAAGGUGAGGCAGUACCCCGCUCUCAGGCCGCUCGCGCUGGUGCUCAAGGCCUUCCUCAAGGCGUACCACCUAGGUGACGUCAAGGACGGUGGCCUUGGGGGCUUUGCCCUGGCCAACCUCCUUGUGGCCCACAUCCAGGAGACGAUGAAGGCCGGACAGCCGACUGCUGACUUCGGGGAGCUGCUGCUGCAUUUCUUCGACCGCUACGCCAACCUCUUCAACCCCGAGCUGCAGGCCGUGUCGGUGCGCAUGGGCGGCAUCGUCGCCCGGUACUGGGUGGAGCACUACGGCGGCGGGGGCCGGAGGGGCGGCCGGCAUGGCAAGACCAUCCGCGCGGUGGGCAACAGCUACAGCCCGAUGUUUGGCGAGCAGUGGGUGGUGGAGAACCCCCUAACGGGGUUGGACGUGGCACAGGGCUCCUUCAACAUCUACAUCGUUAGGGAGUUGUUCGGCUGGGCGUGCUGGACGCUCAAGUCCGUGAUGCACAGCCGCGACGGCCAGAAGGGCACCCCUGGCGUGAGCCCGCUGGGGCUCCUGUUCAACAGGGUGGUGGUUGAGUGA